AUGGAUCAGUCAGGUGUGGCAGAUGAUUCUACACUUGGUCAAUUUGUGAAGUCUGUAAAAAAGAGAACAACCAGAGCAGUAUUGAGCUCACAAGCUGCUGAACUCACCCCUGCCCAGGAAGAUCAAGCAGAGCCUUCGACAAGGCAACAACCAGCAGCUGUAAAAAGAAAGAGGGCACCACCACAAAAGCGAGAGAGAGUACGGGACCCUGAUGUGAACUACUUCAGUACACGAAUGGGUCCCAAGCAAAUGUAUGACCUUGUCCAGCGUCUAACACAUGACCAAAAGGAUGCUGUGAUUGAUAUGGGUUUUGGAGGGCUGCUGCACCUACAAUUUUCAAGCAAUUACUCACAACUUGUUGAGUAUCUCCUGCAAAGGUUUGAUGUUUUCAAAUCAGACUUCAUAUUGGAUGGUGACCAUCUACAUGUCGGUGAAGAGGAUGUUGAAUACAUCUUGGGACUCCCCCGGGGGAAGAGAGAUGUUGAGGAAGGUACAAAGAGUGAGGAAAAUUCUACAGCUGCAUAUAAUAAGGUCCUGACUGAGUGGAGGAAAAGAUGGAAUGUCAGGUCAGGGUCACCCAUAACAACAAAGAUGCCUGAUGAAAUAAUCAGGAGAGGUGACCAUGGAGAUGCCUUCAAGAGAGACUUUGUGGUGUUUGCUGUCUCAUCUCUGCUCCGGGGAAAUACUGGAAGAUAUGCCAACUAUCGAGUUAUCAAGUCAUUGCUCAACAUCCGGUCAAUCUCAAGACUUAAUUGGUGCAAGUACACGUACAAUUCUUUAAUUGAUUCGUAUGACAUUUACAAAGACUCUCCUACCAGAUCCUUUGGAGGUCCAAUGGUAUUCAUCCUGCUCUUCUACUUUGACCGAGUACAGUUCAGAGGCAUGACCGUCAACCGCACAUUCCCAGCAAUAAAAGCUUGGACAAAAAGCCUUGUACGCAAGCGAGUAUCGGCUGAGAUAAAAUCAGGGGGUUUUGGUAAGGGCAAAGUUAUCCCUCGAUUUCAGAGACCUACUGCCAUUGCAUCUACAUCAUCACCCCGACCUGCACCUCCUCCUACUGCAAUACCAAGGCCAGUGUCCAGCCCUACUGCUACACCAACUAUUCCAGCUCCAUCUGUGCCUCUGACAAAUGUUGACCGAGUAACAAAUGUGCUUCAACGGCUUACAGCAGAUGUCCUUGAGUUCGGUCAGGUCAUGUCUGACAUUGGCAAGCAAGGGGCCCCGGUUGAAAUCAUGAAGAGGGCUUUUUCAGGAAUAUCAACAAUGCUGAGUGCUGCAAGCACAAUUCAACCGACUCCUAGCCCAACUGCCUCGCAAUUGGAUGACAUCUUCUUCGGAAAAAGAAAAUGGAAAUAG